GUCAAGGGAGUGACUGGUAGCAAUGGCUCAGCUCAGUAAAAAAGAGCUUUUCCUUGUAAAAGAAUUGCCCGAGCAUCUAGAUAUAGAAUGUCCAGUUUGUCUUAAUAUCCUAACAGAUCCUCAUCUGGUGAGCUGCUGUGGAAAUCAUUUCUGUGGGCCUUGUAUUGAGAGAGUAAGAGCUAGCAAUAGAUCCUGUCCUAUGUGUAAAGAGAAGGAAUAUCAAGCAAUGGCUGACAAGAAGUGUUCACGUAUUAUCAAUGGAUUGGAGGUCUACUGCAGUAAUAAGGAGAAAGGAUGUCAAUGGAAAGGAGAAUUGAAGAAUAUGUCUACUCAUCUUAAUAAAGAGAUGAGAGAAGGAGAAUGUCAAUAUGAAGGAGUAAAGUGUCGAUAUGAGAAAUGCCAAGAGAGCAAACAACGUAGAUAUCUUAAGUAUCAUGAAGAUGAAGAAUGCCUUCAGUGUCCAUUUCAAUGCCAAUACUGCAGCAGUAAAGGCACUUUCCUCUCUAUUACAAAGGAUCAUUAUGAGGAGUACAGGCAGUAUCCUGUUACUUGUCUCAAUAAAUGUGAUGUGCCACAAGCUAGUCCCACUGCUCAUGUAGAGCCAGUUGAUUGUGUGUUUAGUGAGGCUGGUUGUAAUGAUAAUCCAUCAUGUAAAAGUGUACAUGUACACACUGCUGAUACUAAACACAGGACACUAUUAGCUGGAGCUUGUGGACAAUCAAAUAAAGAAAAUGAGAAAAUAAAAGAAGAAUUAAAAGAGAAUAGUGACAAAAUAAAAGAAAUGAAAAAAGAUAUAGAACCAUUAAAGGAAGAAGAUGCACAUUUUAAUAAUGAUUGUGUUCGUUCUACUUCAGCUGAUGAUUCAUAUCUAUUAUUACCAGUUGUUCUUACAUUAAGAAGUGGGACAGUUCAUUUUUAUACAAGUGCAUGUGGCCAGCACAUGUCAGCUAGAGUGAUGGAGGGGUGUUUCCUUGUACUCUCUGAACUGGGCUCAGUAACAGAAUACUUAUUAUUACUUGCAUUUCAUAAAGGAAAUUUUGAUGAACUCAAACCAAAACUUCCUACAAUAUUUGCAGCCUUUAGAGAUAAAGAUACUCCAUUAAUACAUUGAGUGGAGAAGUUUGGGUGAUGAUGAUACUGUACCACAAGGAGUAAUGAAAAUAAAAUUAGGAAGAUAUUCUGUUUAUGGUAGCGAUACAGUUAAAAUUUAUACUCAGUAAUGAUAAUGGAUAUAAUUGUAAUAAUUAUUGUCAAUGAUAAUUAACAAUUGUCUCUUACCAUGUGACAGCUACUGUUAAAA